UAAUUUCCGUUACAUUUAAGACAGUGGUCAGAAACAUUGCAGAUCGUUCUUAAUACUUUUCCUUUCGAACUGAGACAGAUUUUCUGUUAAUUAAAUGUUUCCAAUAUUUCAUUGAUACUUAUCAAUCCAAAGAGAAUCCAACACAAUGAACUUUUGUAAUCUUUAAAGAAUAAUUAUAUAUUAAAUUUUAACUUAAGAAUAAAAAUUAAAAUUUAAAACAAUGGUAUCUUUAAUCAAAGCGAGAGGGCUGCGUAUGUCGGCACAAAAACAAGAAACAUUGUUAAAGUUGACCAUACUUUCUUUCGCUGCAGUUUUAUCUUUUGCUACACGUUUAUUCUCGGUGUUAAGAUUUGAAAGCGUUAUUCAUGAAUUUGAUCCAUAUUUUAAUUAUCGAACAACUAAAUAUCUAGCGGAAAAUGGAUUCUAUAGUUUUCACAAUUGGUUUGAUGAUCGUGUAUGGUAUCCAUUAGGAAGAAUUAUCGGAGGAACAAUAUAUCCUGGUUUAAUGAUAACUUCAGCAGCUCUUUAUCAUUUAUCAUGGCUACUAAAUAUCACAUUAGAUAUACGCAAUAUAUGUGUAUUUCUAGCACCUCUAUUUUCAAGUUUUACUACAGUUAUCACUUAUUUGUUAACUAAAGAAUUGAAGGAUUCUGCAUCUGGAUUAUUUGCUGCAGCUAUGAUCGCUAUUGUACCAGGCUAUAUAUCUCGAUCUGUAGCAGGAUCAUACGAUAAUGAAGGCAUAGCUAUUUUUUGUAUGUUAUUCACAUAUUAUAUGUGGAUAAAAGCAGUCAAAACUGGAGCUAUUUGUUGGUCAACAUGUGCUGCGCUUGCAUAUUUUUAUAUGGUAUCUUCAUGGGGUGGUUAUGUUUUUCUAAUUAAUUUAAUUCCAUUACAUGUAUUGACUCUCAUGGUCACUGGUAGAUUUUCGCAUAGGAUAUACACUGCUUAUAGCAUUUUAUAUUGUCUUGGUACUAUUUUGUCUAUGCAAAUAUCUUUUGUUGGUUUUCAACCUGUACAAAGUUCCGAACAUAUGUUAGCAUUAGGAGUUUUUGGAUUGUGUCAGAUUCAUGCGUUAGUCGAUUAUUUACGUAGUAAAUUAUCACAAGAUGAUUUUGAAAUGCUAUUUCGAGGUCUUCUUAUUUUUACAAUUGCCGCAUCUUCCAUAAUCGGGGGCGUUUUAACGAUUACAGGAAAAAUAUCUCCAUGGACUGGUCGUUUCUAUUCUCUUUUGGAUCCAUCUUAUGCAAAGAAUCACAUACCAAUAAUUGCAUCUGUUUCUGAACAUCAACCUACAGCUUGGAGCUCAUUUUAUUUCGAUCUUCAAAUAUUAGUAUUUUUAUUUCCAUCAGGUUUAUACUUCUGUUUCUCUAAAUUAACAGACUCCAAUAUUUUCCUUGUUUUGUAUGGCAUUACUAGCUUGUAUUUUGCUGGUGUGAUGGUACGUUUGAUGUUGGUACUCGCUCCAGUUAUGUGUAUUUUGGGUGGAAUAGGUGCAUCUUCAUUGCUACUUACUUAUAUGAAACAAAUCGACAGUGGAAAAGUUGUUGAUAAAAGAGCUAAGAAGUUUGAAAGUAACUAUGUACUAAGGAGUGAGAUUGCAACUGUUUUUGUGGUAAUAAUGUGUAUACUGUUUUUCUCGUAUACCAUUCAUUGCACUUGGGUUACAGCAGAAGCUUAUAGCUCUCCAAGUAUUGUAUUGUCUGCACGUUCCCCAGAUGGUGGUCGUAUGAUUUUUGAUGAUUUUAGAGAAGCAUACUAUUGGUUACGCAUGAAUACUCCUGAGAAUGCCAAAGUAAUGUCGUGGUGGGAUUAUGGAUAUCAGAUAACUGCUAUGGCCAAUCGUACUAUUUUAGUAGACAAUAAUACGUGGAAUAAUACGCAUAUAUCAAGAGUCGGUCAGGCAAUGGCAAGUUCAGAAGAAAAAGCAUACGAGAUAAUGAGAGAACUAGAUGUAAAUUAUGUUCUUGUGAUCUUUGGAGGAUUAACGGGUUACUCAUCAGAUGACAUUAAUAAGUUCCUAUGGAUGGUUCGUAUUGGCGGUAGUACAGAAAAAGGAAAGUCUAUAACAGAAUGGGAUUAUUAUAAUAACGCUGGAGAGUUUAGAGUUGAUAGGGAAGGUUCUCCCGUUUUACUUAAUUGCCUCAUGUAUAAAAUGUGUUAUUAUAGAUUUGGACAAGUUUUUACAGAAGGAGGUAAGCCUUCGGGUUAUGAUAGAGUCAGAAAUAUGGAAAUAGGAAAUAAAGAUUUUGAAUUAGAAACGUUAGAAGAAGCAUAUACAACGGAACAUUGGCUAGUAAGAAUUUACAAAGUAAAAGAUUUAUGGAACAGAGGAGGUUGAUUGUAUAAGUUAAGUAUAAGUUGUAGUUCUAUAAAAGACAGUAAAAAUAAUGCAAAUUUUACUUAUUAUUAUUCUAUUCGCUCAUGAGGGUUUUUCUGUUAUCAGUGAUAUCAAACAGUAAGCAUAUAUUUAAUAUCUUCAUAUAACUGAAUUUUUGUUAUAAAAUAAUAUUCGCGGGAAAGUGCUUCAACAAAUUUUUAUGGGUAUUUACAUGUACUUUAGAUCGAAGAACUAAGUUUUUUGACUUAUAAAUAACAUGUUUAUAUCGUGCAGUUGCGAAAAUAUUUUUUUAUCUUCUGCUAAUUGUUAAAUAAUA